GCGUCUGUAUGAAUGAGUGACUUACUGAUUACUUUUUACUUAUUCUGAAUGAAGAAGACUAUCGACUGAGGGUAGCCGAGGACAGCGGGACGAAAAAGGAGUCACUAUGGAGGAAUAUUUGACAGUGCCAGUGCUGGUUGCAGUGUCCGUGGUGGCUUACACCCUCUUCUACCUGAUUUCAAAUGCUGGUCACAGACCGCCACAGGCUCCCAAAACCUUGCUUGACCCCACCGUCAAAUACUCCCUACCACUCACAGAGAAAGAGGACAUCAGUCAUGACACCAAGCGCUUUCGCUUCGGCCUUCCCUCCUCCUUGCAUGUCCUUGGUCUUCCAGUCGGGCAGCAUGUUUACCUCUCUGCAAAAGUCAACGGCAGCCUGGUUGUCCGUGCCUACACCCCGGUUUCUUGUGAUGAGGACAAGGGCUUUGUGGACCUGGUUGUGAAGGUGUAUCACAAAAAUACUCAUCCAAACUUUCCUGAUGGGGGUAAGAUGUCUCAGUACCUGAACUGCAUGAGCAUUGGAGACUCAAUUGAUUUCAGAGGCCCAAGUGGACUGCUUGUAUACAAUGGAAAUGGGAAAUUUGCUAUCCGUCCUGACAAGAAGUCUGAGGCGAAAGUCAAGAAGUUUAAACACGUGGGAAUGAUUGCUGGUGGAACAGGUAUCACCCCAAUGCUCCAGCUGAUUAGAAGCCUUACAUCAGACCCUGCAGAUGACACCAAAUGCUCCCUCAUAUUUGCCAACCAGACGGAGAAGGACAUUCUGCUGAGGGAGGAGCUGGAGGAGGUGGAGAAGGGGCACCCAGAGCAGGUCAAGCUGUGGUACACACUGGACAAGGCACCAGAGGGGUGGUCCUACAGUUCUGGCUUCGUGGACGCUAACAUGAUUAAAGAGCGCCUCCCUGCGCCGGCGGAUGACGUGCUCAUCGUGAUGUGCGGCCCGCCACCCAUGAUCCAGUACGCAUGCCUGCCAAACCUCGACAAGCUGGGCUACAAGACAGACAACUCUUUUGCCUACUGAGUGACUGUGAUGUCAGCGUCAGCUGUGUGUGUGUGUGUGUGUGUGUGUGUGUGUGUGUGUGUGUGUGUGUGUGUGUGUGUGUGUGUGUGUGUGUGUGUGUGUGUGUGUGUGUGUGUGUGUGUGUGGUUGACAUCUCAUGCUGAUGCAAUGUCUGGGGUUUGGUAGUGAUUAAAUGUGAAUAAAUUCUUUCUU